AUGAACAGCGUGAACAUGAAGAUAACAUUCAAAAUGAUGCAGAAGGUAGCGGUCGCAGUGCUCACGUUCGCGGCGCUGGCUCGGGCGGCGCCUCAGGAGGGCUACAACUACCCGACGCCCGGGGUUCAAGGACUGCCUCUGGCCGGGUCCGGUUCGGGUUCCGGACAGUUCUCUUCUGGGUCCGGGUUCAGGCAGGAACAAUACCCUUCCGUGCCCGCCCAGUACGCCUUCCAGUGGGACGUGAACGACGCGCCUUCAGGGAACUUCUUCGGCCACGGCGAGCAGAGAGAGAAUGACGACACUAAGGGAAAGUACUACGUGCAGCUUCCCGACGGACGCCGCCUGGUGGUUGAGUAUUACGUGGACAGCAACGGCUUCCACCCCACCGUGUCCUUCGAGGGCCAGAUCACGGCCGGAGGUCAGGGCCAGUAUGGCCAGGAAGGAAUUUCAGUGUGGGUAUGA